ACAGAUUCUAGCAUAUCAACAUUCUUGUGAUUUCUGUUAAUUGGGAAGAUCAUCGAACUUCCCAAUACCAUGUGGGGAUUUCGCUCAUCAACAUUAGCGAGCAUUUUUCUCCUACUUUUCAGUAAGCCAUGUUUCAGCUUCUAAAAAAUUUCAAAAUGAGACUGAUCGUCUGGCUCUGCUUGAAUUCAAGAAGCAGAUAUAUGAUGACCCUAUUGGAGUGCUGAAUUCUUGGAACCAUUCACAGCACCAUUGCCGGUGGGAAGGAGUCACUUGUGGUGCUCGACACCAAAGGGUCAUUGCCUUGAUUCUGAGGCAUAAGCAGUUGUCUGGAAUCAUAUCUCCUCAUGUCGGAAAUCUAAGCUUCAUGAGGUCCAUCCAACUUGCGGAGAAUCAAUUCCACGGCGAGAUUUCCCAAGAAUUCGGUCGCCUCUUCAGGCUGAGAGUCUUUAACCUGUCAAGUAACGCAAUCGGUAGAAAGAUCCCAGCAAACCUGAGCUACUGCGCAGAGAUGAUAGUUAUUGACCUAACCAGUAACAAGCUAGAAGGGAAGAUUCCAAUUGAUCAGCUAAGCAAUUUGAAGAAGCUUAAAGGAAUAGGUUUUAGCAAAAACAAUUUGACGGGAGAGAUUCCCUCUUCCAUUGGGAACUUAUCAUCAUCAUUGAUCGGACUCAGCCUUGGCUUCAACAAUCUGGAGGGAAGUUUGCCUCUAGAGAUGGGGUUCUUGAAAAGUGGCCGGCAAUUCCUUUCAUGGCAAUCUCCCAACCAACAUAGGUCUCACCCUACCAAAUCUGGAAGCAUUAGCUGUUGCGGGAAACAAUUUCUCUGGAAACUUUCCCACUUCAAUCACCAAUGCUUCUGGGCUUGAGGUACUUGAUCUUUCCGAGAAUAAGUUCGCAGGCCAAGUUCCAGCUAAUUUAGGAGAUCUGACAAAUCUUCAAUUUUUAAAUCUUGAAGAAAACCUCUUCGGCGGUAAUUCAACUGGAGACUUAGAUUUUAUUGCAUCAUUGACCAACUGCAGUGAUCUAAGCGCUUUUUCAUUGAGUUACAAUAAUUUUGGAGGCAAUAUACCUAAAGUCAUGGCCAAUCUCUCAAAUCAACUCACUGCAUUGGACUUGGGAGGAAACCAACUGUCAGGAACCAUUCCACAAGGAUUUGGAAACUUUGUCAACCUAAUUCAACUUGGCCUUGAAGAAAACUAUCUCUCAGGAGUCAUUCCAAGAGAUUUUUGCAAAUUACAAAAUUUGCAAUUUCUAAGUCUAGACCAUAAUGACUUGUCAGGACAGAUAGUCUCUACCCUAUGCAACGCCACCACUCUAUACUAUCUGGACUUAUCAUUUAACCAGUUUGAAGGGGGCAAUAUAUUUGACAAUGUUCUUAUGAGCUGUCAAAAUUUGCAAUAUCUGGAUAUAUCUCAAAACAACUUCAGUGGAAUUAUAUCACCACAUUUUCUGGAGACGCACUCAUCACUGAUUGCUAUGGUAUUAAGUGAAAAUUCUUUCACUGGUUCUCUGCCUCCUGAAGUUGGAAAGCUUGUACAUUUGGUGAAUUUCUCGGUUUCCCACAACCAAUUUGCUGGCGAUAUACCCAUCUCACUUGCUGAUUGUUCAGAUCUGGAGAAUCUUUAUAUGGAAGCCAAUUUUUUCCAAGGACCAAUUCCACCAAAUUUGGCUUCUUGGAAGAGCAUCCAGCAAUUAGACCUUUCAAGUAAUAACUUGACUGGUCCAAUACCCAGAGAACUUGAGAAGCUUCAGUUUUUGAGCUACUUAAAUCUUUCCUACAACGACAUUGAGGGCGAGAUACCAAACACUGGAAUUUUCAGUAAUGCAAGUCAAAUAUCAUUGACUGGCAACAAAAAACUCUGUGGAGGCAUUGAAGAAUUGGAGUUCCCACCUUGCCCAGUGAUUAAGGGGAAAAACAGAGGAAAGCUGAAGGUUGUCAUAUUGCUGUCCAUUGUUUUACCAGCAACGCUUCUGGUUCUCGGUGCAUUGUUGUUAUAUUCCUUGGUACAUCGGAAAAGAGAAAGAAGAAUGGUGGCAGGAUUCUCUAGCAUGCCUACAAGAGUCAAUAAGCUCUUGCGAAUUUCUUACCAUGAACUUCAUCGUGCAACUUCAGGAUUUUCUCCAGAAAACUUAAUUGGUUCAGGAAAUUUUGGAGCUGUCUACAAAGGAAGGCUAGAAAAAUAUGGCAACAAGCUUGUAGCAGUGAAAGUUCUUGAUCUUCAAAAGAACGGAGCUUUGAAAAGUUUUAAGGCCGAGUGCAAAGCAUUGAGAAAUAUUCGCCAUAGAAACCUCGUUUCUAUCAUGAGUUAUUGCUCCAGUAUUGAUUCCAAGAGUGAUGAAUUCAAAGCUCUAGUCUAUGAGUUCAUGGAAAAGGGAAAUCUGGACCUGUGGCUGCAUCCUUCAGAGACAACUGAUCAGGCAAGAAGCUCAAGAAGUCUUAAUCUUCUUCAGAAGCUAAAUAUUGCAAUUGAUGUAGCUUCAGCAUUGCAGUAUCUUCACGACCACUGCGAAGCUGAGAUUGUUCACUGUGAUCUAAAACCAAGUAAUAUUCUUCUUGACAAUGAUCUUGUUGCUCAUGUGGGUGAUUUUGGAUUGGCAAGGCUUCUCCCAAAACCCGUCAACACUUCUUCCGAGCAAAGAACCAGCAGUACCGUUGCCAUAAAAGGAGCAAUCGGUUAUGCAGCUCCAGAGUAUGGAAUGGGUCUUGCGGCAUCAACUCAGGGGGAUGUCUACAGCUACGGUAUUCUUUUGCUAGAGAUGAUUACAGGAAGGAGGCCAACAGAUGAUAUAUUCGUGGGUGACCUUGAUCUACAUAACUAUGUUAAUGGGGUUUUGCAUGAACGAGUUUCUGAGAUCGUGGACCCGUUGCUUUUUCUUGAAGGAGAUGAAAACAGAAAUAUGACUCCUGGAGGGAAAAAUAGCAAUGGUGGAAAAGAGAUGGAGUGCAUUAUUUCCCUGCUGAAAAUUGGACUUAAGUGCUCUGCAAGAUUACCAAAUGAUAGGAUGCAUAUGAAUGAAGUUGUCAGAAAAUUACAUCUCAUUAAAGAUGUUUUCCUUGGUGUCAGGGUGCAUCAAGAAAAUCUUGAAACAACCAAUCUGGCAACAAACUCAAGACGCCUUAAUCUUUCCCAGAAGCUGAACAUUGCAAUUGAUGCGGCUUCAGCAUUGCAGUAUCUUCACAACCACUGUAAAGCAGAGAUUGUUCAUUGUGAUCUCAAACCAUGUAAAAUUCUUCUUGACAAUGAUCUUGUUGCUCGUGUGGGUGAUUUUGGAUUGGCAAUGCUUCUCCCAGAAACCAUCAACAGAUCUUCCGAGCAAGGAACCAGCAAGUACUCAAUUCUGUUUUCCAUUGUGAAGCAGAAUAUAGAACUUUUAGGAGCUUCCAAAAAAUUUCAAAAUGAGACUGAUCGCCUGGCUCUGCUUGAAUUCAAGAAUCAGAUAUAUGAUGACCCGUUUGGAGUCCUGAAUUCCUGGAACCAUUCACAACACCAUUGUCAGUGGGAAGGAGUCACCUGCAGUACUCGACAUCAAAGGGUGACGGCCUUGACUCUAAGGGAUAAGCAGUUGUCUGGAACCAUAUCUCCUCAUGUCGGAAAUCUCAGCUUCAUGAGGUUCAUCCAACUUGGGGAGAAUCAAUUCCAUGGUGGGAUUCCCCAAGAAUUCGGUCGCCUCUUCAGGCUGAGAGUCUUGAACCUGUCAAGUAACGCAAUCAGUGGAAAAAUCCCAGCAAACCUGAGCUACUGCUCAGAGUUGAUAACACUUAGCCUAAGGGAGAAUAAGCUAGAAGGCAAGAUUCCUAUUGAUCAGCUGAGCAAUUUGAAGAAGCUUGAAAAGUUAAAUCUUUUAUCAAACAAUUUGACGGGACAGAUUCCCUCUUCCAUUGGGAACUUAUCAUCAUUGAUCCGAAUCGGUCUCGACUUGAACAAUCUGGAGGGAAAUUUGCCCAUGGAGAUGGGGCUCUUAAGGUUGGUUCUGUUAGCAGCUGCUGAAAAUAAACUAUCUGGUAUAAUCCCUGCCUCCAUCUUUAAUAGUUCAGCCAUUACUGUCAUUUCAGUGACCGGCAAUUCCUUUCAUGGCAAUCUCCCAACCAACAUAGGUCUCACCCUACCAAAUCUACAAAUGUUGUAUGUUGGGGGGAACAACAUGUAUGGAAACUUUCCAACUUCAAUCACUAAUGCUUCUGGGCUUGAGGUACUCGAUCUUGCUAGAAAUAAUUUUAAAGGCCAAAUCCCAACUAAUUUAGGAGAUCUUACAAAUCUUCAAUUAUUAAAUCUUGCUCUUAAUUUCUUUGGGAAUAAUUCUACCGGAGACUUGGACUUUAUUGCAUCAGUGACCAACUGCAGUAAUCUCAGAAAUCUUUCCUUGAGUGGCAAUAAAUUUGGAGGUAAUAUACCUAGAGUCAUGGCCAAUCUCUCAAAUCAACUCACAGAACUACUCCUGGGGGGAAAUCAACUGUCAGGAACCAUUCCAGAAGGGUUUGGAAAAUUUGUCAACCUAUAUCUCCUUGGCCUUGAAUUAAACUCUCUUUCAGGGGUCAUUCCAAGAGAUUUUGACAAAUUACAAAAUUUGCAAUUUCUAAGUCUAGACCAAAAUGAGUUGUCAGGACAGAUAGUCUCUACCCUAUGCAAUGCCACAGGUCUAUACCGUCUGGACUUAUCAUUUAACCAGUUUGAAGGGGGCAAUAUAUUUGACAAUGUUCUUAUGAACUGUCAAAAUUUGCAAUAUCUGGAUAUGUCUCAAAACAACUUCACUGGAAUUAUAUCACCUCAUUUUUUGCAGACGCACUCAUCACUGAUGUACAUGAAAAUAGGUGAAAAUUCGUUUAGUGGUUCUCUGCCUCCAGAAGUUGGAAAGCUUAUACAUUUGGUGGAUUUCAAUGUUUCCCACAACCAACUUGCUGGAGGUAUACCCAUAUCACUUGCUGACUGUUCAGAUCUGGAGAAUCUUUAUAUGCAAUCCAAUUUUUUCCAAGGAACAAUUCCACCAAAUUUGGCUUCUUUGAAGAGCAUCCAGCAAGUAGACCUUUCAAGUAAUAACUUGACUGGUCCAAUACCAAAAGAACUUGAGAAGCUUCAGUUUUUGAGCUACUUAAAUCUUUCCCACAAUGACAUCGAGGGUGAGAUACCAAACACAGGAGUUUUCAGCAAUGCGAGUCAAAUAUCAUUGAUUGGCAACAAAAAACUCUGUGGAGGCAUUCCAGAAUUGGAGUUCCCACCUUGCCCAGUGAUUAAGGGGAAAAACAGAGGAAAGCUGAAGGUUGUCAUAUUGCUGUCCAUUGUUUUACCAGCAACGCUUCUGGUUCUCGGUGCAUUGUUGUUGUAUUUCUUCGUUUGUCAAAAAGGAGAAAGAAGAAUGGUGGCAGGAUUCUCUACCAUGGCUACAAGAGUUGAUAAGCUCUUACAAAUUUCUUACCAUGAACUUCUUCGUGCAACUUCUGGAUUUUCUCCAGAAAACUUAAUUGGUUCAGGAAAUUUUGGAUCUGUCUACGAAGGAAGGCUAGAAAAACAUGGCAAUAUGCUUGUAGCAGUCAAAGUUCUUGAUCUUCAAAAGAACGGAGCUUCGAAAAGUUUUAAGGCCGAGUGCAAAGCAUUGGGAAAUAUUCGCCAUAGAAACCUCGUUUCUAUCGUGAGUUAUUGCUCCAGUAUUGAUUCCAAGGGUGAUGAAUUCAAAGCUCUAGUCUAUGAGUUGAUGGGAAAUGGAAAUCUGGACCUGUGGCUGCAUCCUUCAGAGACAACUGAUCAGGCAACAAGCUCAAGAAGUCUUAAUCUUCUUCAGAAGCUAAAUAUUGCAAUUGAUGUGGCUUCAGCAUUGCAAUAUCUUCACGACCACUGCGAAGCUGAGAUUGUUCACUGUGAUCUAAAACCAAGUAACAUUCUUCUUGACAAUGAUCUUGUUGCUCAUGUGGGUGAUUUUGGAUUGGCAAGGCUUCUCCCAAAACCCGUCCACACUUCUUCCGAGCAAAGAACCAGCAGUACCAUUGCCAUAAAAGGAUCAAUCGGUUAUGCAGCUCCAGAGUAUGGAAUGGGUCUUGCGGCAUCCACUCAAGGGGAUGUCUACAGCUAUGGCAUUCUUUUGCUAGAGAUUAUUACAGGAAAGAGGCCAACAGAUGAUAUAUUCGUGGGCGACCUUGAUCUACAUAACUAUGUUAAUGGGGCUUUGCAUGAACGAGUUCCUGAGAUUGUGGACCCGUUGCUUCUUCUUGAAGGAGAUGAAAACAGAAAUAUGACUCCUGGAGGGAAAACUAUUAAUGUUGGAAGAGAGAUUGAUUGCAUUAUUUCCCUAUUGAAAAUUGGACUCAAGUGCUCUGCACGAUUACCAAAUGACAGGAUGCAUAUGAAUGAAGUUGUCCGAAAAUUACAUCUCAUUAAAGAUGUUUUCCUUGGUGUCAGGGUGUAUCAAGAAAAUUUUGAAGCUUAA